AUUCACAAACAAUCAAAUUUGUGUUUUUUUUUUUAAUCAUGAUCAUGAACAUCAGUCAGAUAAUGAAAUAUGUAAAUGGCUAUAAGGAAAUCACCUUUCCAAAACCCACAUAGGUUUUUCAAUCAACGAAGCACAAGACAAUACCAGACAGCAAGUGUUACUCAGUUGCUGCAGGAGUUUCUUCAAUGACUUCUCUUUUUCACAAAUUUCAAGAGGUUGUGAAAACUCUAGCCAAAAGUCCCACAGAUGCUACAAGUACAAAGGACCUUAAACGUCUCUUUAUUUUAACCAGCUGCAAUCGUUUGGGAAGGAAUGCUGAUAAGGCUGACGCAAAGGAUAUCAUUGAAAUGGCCAAUAAAUUUUAUGUUGCUGAACAGCAGAAACAGAUCCAAGAAAACAUCCAUUUUCAAAUUAAAAACUUCUGCACAGCUAUGAAUGAUAUUCUUCUUCCUGAUGCGAGAAAGAGAAGUAGGAAGGAUGAAGCACCUGCACAAUCAAAUGCUUUUUCUGUUGGCAAGAGUGGUCCACCUACUGAUCGUCAUGCUAUACCUGAGAUGAGGCGGUUGAGUCAUGCUGAAGUAUCACAGAGUUUAAAGGAUCACAUUGGUUACACACUUGAUGUGAAGCCAUCUCUGAUGCCCCAUGAAAAAGCUGGACAAGGUUUGCUCAUAAACGGUGAGGCUGAUGCUGGCGCUGUUAUUGCCAUAUACCCUGGCAUCAUACACAGUCCUGCUUAUUACCAGUACAUCCCAGGGUACCCAAGAAUUCAUGCCCGGAACCGGUACUUGAUCACUAGACAUGAUGGGACAGUUAUCAAUGCACAACCUUGGGGUUUUGGUGGUGAAAUUCGUGAAGUGUGGGAUGGCUUCACAGUGCCAGAAAUCAUGCCUAAUGUGCAAAGUACUGGUAAAGAUGGUCCAGAGCUAGUCUGGAGGGUGUUGAGUAAGCCUUUGGAAGGUACUGGGGUUGGUUCUAUUGGUGAUGUCUUGGAGAGGAGAAACCCAUUAGCUUUGGCUCAUUUUGCCAACCAGGUAGCAGUGGGCAUGCAUCAAAAUGUUAUGGCUUGCCCUUAUGACUUCCCACUGACCGAGAUGGAUAUGAGGACCUAUAUACCAAAUGUAUCGUUUGCAAAUCCAGAAGUGAAUAUUAGAAGAUAUGGCAGUUUUUGGUUCAGUUCCAAAAGCAGUGAAUCCAAUGUUCCUGUUCUCAAGACUCUCGUACUAGUCGCUACUAGGGCACUCUGUGAUGAAGAAGUGCUCGUAGACUACAGGUUGACAAACAUGAAGUGUUAGCCACUAUGGUGUACUCCUGUGAAUGACCGGAGGUGAUGGAGAACAUGAGUCGAUAUCGAAAAUGGGUUUCAAGAGAAGCUAGACUUUUCCUUGGCGUACCAGCAAGCUUCUGUGUUGAACCUCAUAAAAAACUACAUUGUAGAAGCUUGACAUGUUAUGAUUAUACACUGAAAAUACAAAAUUGUUUCAGACAAUAUAUAAUAGUUUGAGUUACAAAAUUACCAGCAGAGUUGGAGCCUCUGUGGCUCUUGAGCA